CAAUGAAGCGUGCCGACUAAACACACACACAUCUGAUCGGCGUUCGAAUGUAGUGGCGGCUUUAUCGGAAACGGGGCACUCAUAGCAAUCAUGCCCAAUCGCAGAGAAGAACACGGAAUUCAAAAACAGCAGCCAGUGACAUCACGGUGUCUGGCUAUUGUCUUGAAAUUUGAAAAUGAAGACAGGGACGAGAUUAAUGUGAACGAGGACAGUUUUAGUGGCAAAGAUAUUUUAGACGAUUUUAAACUUCGGAAUAAAUCUUGUUAUUGGAAUCCAGCUUUAUUGGAAAGUAUAAACAGUUUGGAGUAUUUAGGAUUUGUAUCUCCACGGACGUUACUUGCCGGAGGGUCGGACCUUCAUCUCGAGAAUAUCAGGACUGCCUGGGGGAGGCGAGUUUUGAAGGAACCCACGGGUUUCACUAUUCUAAGUAUAGGUGACGUUGACGGAAUAAAUAUGGAGGUGAUCCCACAGACACAGUUCCUUCCCCUGUCAGAGAUUCUCUGCAUGGUCAUUCUGGACCUGAACAAUAAACAGGUCGUGGCAACCUUGGACACCAUCCAGGAGAGAUUGAAGCACUGUUACAAAGGCAUGCAGAUCCCCUCGCCAACCCUCAUCUAUGACACACUGGGCACACUCAUCAGGGAGAGGAAAAUUUUUCACACGGGAAGUGGAUAUUUUGUUGUGACGUCAGACACCUAUCGAAUGCCUGAGGACCCCACUAAAACUAUUCCUCUGUCCUGGCUUCAUUACAACCCUAAUUACAUUCCUGUACUUAACACCAAUACUAAAGGACUGACCAGAACAAUCUCAUGCCAGGUGACACUGGCUAACGAACCAAGAAAGGACGAGUCAGAAAAGAGUUCUAAUCCAGACGAUAAAAUUGUGGAGAUGAAACAAACUUUGGGGAGAGACAGUUUAGACAGGAGGGACAGGCUGGCGCUGGCAGACAAACCCAGACUAGCUCGCAGUCUGAGUGCCAGGCGGCCUCGAGAAAAGAUUCCUGUGAAGAACGAUGAUUUCCACGAUUUCAAGAGGAGUCUGUCUGUCAGACGGCAGGACGAGAAGGAGAGGAAACCGAUACACGAGGAAAUCAGACAACUGGACGAGAAAGAGAAGAAACCGAUAAAAGAGGAGAGGAAAUCGUCCACUGAUGACAUAAAUGUGGCCAAAAAAGACUCAAAGAAAACAAAGGACAAGGGAGAAAAGAAGUCGUUGAUAGCAAAGCUAUUUGGGAGAAAGAAGAAAAAGAAUGACACUACCAAGGAAGCACCAAAGAAAGUGGAGUAUGCCACAUUCUCCGACCAGUUUCCUCCACCUGAGUGGUCCUGGUACCAGGAGCAAGUGGAGAAACAGCAGCGGAUACAGAAGUGGAUGCAGCAAGUUUCCCACCCUCCACACAACAUCCACCAUCAGCACUUCAACCAAGUUCAUCCUGUCUACCAAAGUCAUCCACAUCAUUACGAUUAUCAGCCAAUGAGAUUUGGACAAGGACCUGCCAGAAAUGAGGCUGUUUAUGGAAGGCAUGCUCCGCCUCCUCGUGAGAACCACUACCAUGUGCCGCCCAGGGUGAGACUGAGGAACAAGCCUCCACCUCCGGUGGAUGAUGAUUAUGAGGAGAUUCAGGACCUGGAUGCCAACAGUAGAUUCAGAGCUACCCUUCCAGUACAUCAUCAUCCACACGAAGCUGAAACUCAUAGGAAGAUCUCUGAAAAUCGACAUUCUAGGAGGAAAGAGAAAUCCAAACGAAUGUCUAUGGAAAGAAAAGUGGACAAAGAUUAUGAAAAUGUGCCAAUGUCCUCUAAUUAUCACUCGCACUCCCCGAGUUUUCCAUAUCACACUGACAAUUAUAACAUGCACCACCACAGUCAACAAGUCACCCAUCCUCUCUACAGCUCAUCUCCCAGAGUUCCUGGAAUGUGGCAGCCAGUUCAUGAGUCAUAUUACCCAGAAGUCAAUGCAGAGGAACUUGACCAUCAUCAUGGUACUAUCCAAAAUUCCAAAAAGAGAGCUCAUCAAAAACACCACCACCACCACCAGUCAAAUCACCGGUAUACAGAGGAGCGCCACCGACUUCCUGCCAAGAAUACGUCCUUCUCCAUGUCUCAUGAUAGUGGCGUGAAUUUGAUUGGACUCCAAGCUGCACAAUACAAACAUCCACAGGACACCCGUCGUAGAAGAAAAGUUAAAGAUGACAUGUCCAUCCGAAAUAACCUUAGAAAAGACCCCUAUGGAGACUCGUGCGAAGACCUCCCCAACCGCUUUAGUCAAGUUGUUUGCGAGGCUGAAAUUAAUAAAUGUCCCGAGUCAAGAAUAAGAGAAAAUGAAUGUGUUACCUUAGAAACAGACUCAAAGAGGGAAAAUCAGAAACAGAGAAAUAGUUGUAAUUCUGACAGUGCUGUGACUAGUGAGAAGAGCUGUGACACAGUGGUGAAGAAGGAAGAUGUCAAGUACGUGGAAGAAGUUACUAAGGAAACCUCCGAGGUUGUUAUGGGGGACAGCGGUUUUAACUCGCCGCGUGUCUGUGAUGAGAACUCGCCAGAAAUGGAGAAACAGAAGAUCAAAAGUAAAGUGAAGGAGCUGGAAAAGGGAAGUCACUCUGACCUCUGUGACAAGAACGUGUACCAAAAAUCCGACGACAGUUCUCCCGAAAUUCAUGACUGUCGAUCAAGUGACAAGGAAAACCGAUUCAACAUGAUAAACAAUUUAAAACAAGUUCACGGUGACUAUGGGGUGCUAACACAUGUCAAUCCAGUAAAUGUGAAAGUGCCCCUUUAUCCGCAUAAUGCAGUGAUCGAACAAAUUCCCAGGAAAUUCAGCUUUGAGGAUGAUUAUGGAUUCUUGUAGAGGAAGGGUAUGUCAUGUGACUUGAACUUUGGGAGGUGCAAUAUGUAUUUGAUAUUUCAGAAUACCUCAGUAAGCUUGAACAUUUGUAAAUCUGAAUAUCAUUUGAAGAAUUUUCUGUGCAGCUAAUUGUGUUUUAUAGUGCUAUGUAAAUAAGGAUUUUAUUGUCAAAGUAGCAAUGAUUGAUUUUCAAACUUUUUAUGUUUUUGUACAUUAAAAUAUGUAAAAAUCGCA